CCUCUGAAAAUGAUCAACUAUCGCAGCACCAAAACCAUCUGGUGAAAACGAAAACUGAAGAGUAGUAAAAUUAAAUGACAAAAAUUAAAUUGAUACCAAAAUUCUGUCACUCCUCAGCCAAAAGUUAGUAGAAUUUUUUUACAGUACAAAGCUAUUGCAGGUUCGAAUUAUUAAAAAUAUACUGAAGUGCAGUAUUUCCUCAAAGUUAAACAUGUUUAUCAAUAUAUACCUGUGUUAAAGAGUCACCAAAUAGCAUGAUUUUGGGAAAAUAAUCAAUAAAUUUGGCUGCCAUUUUGGAAAAUUGCACCAGCUCACGCGCGACACACACGCAGGACAUACACGCGGGAUGGAUUAUUGGAUUCACAUGUAGGUACACGCGGGACAUACACACCAAAAUGCAAAUGCUCAAUGACUGAAAUGAUAAACGUACUAUUUGCCUUUAUUAUUGUUUACAUAUUAAAACUGAGUUUCUUAUAUUGAAUCGCAAAAAUGGUUUUAAAGAACAGCUUACUUGAUGAUCUUGCACAAUCUACUGGAUUUCCAGUCGACCAGGUAUUCGAAUGUUUCAAUACGUUCUUUCUAAAUUAGAACAAAAUAUCUCGUUCGCAUACUUUGUUUACAAAUGCUAAUAAUACUUCAUCAAUCCAUUGAAACAAAAAUAUUGUCAAGUGUUUUAUAUGAACGUUAAGGCUUAGAAAUUAACUGCGAAAGAUUGCUACAUUUACAGUGUUUACAUCUAAAAUUCGUAUUUUUAUUGCGUAUUGGCUUUUUAAUGCCUGUCAGUGACACACUCGGCAGGGAGGAUUAUAUUAAACGCCCAAGCCAAUUUAACGCGCUUUACUUUUUUAACCUGCGCCAAAGAGGCUCGUGUGGUUUUAACUAUUAAACUCAGUAUAUUGUAUAUAAUGUCAGAUGACUUUACUCCUCAAGAAAGUGUUAAUGUUGCUGUCAGCCUCUUGUUCACAUAUUAAGAUGCGUAUCCUAACAUGCCCAACUUUGCUAUUUUAAUUACUUUGCUAUUUUUUAACCAUUGACAUGCAAUGUGCCUAAAUGCAUCCUACUUUAUUAUUUUACUCUGUCUAAUGCCAGACGAUUUUACUCGCCAAGGGGGAGAGUCUUGCACUCUAAUAGGGGUUAACCCAACAAUCUGCCCAUGUGUCUUGCAACAACCCAUCAAGUUGCAAUGUGUCCAAAUGUGCCAGACUUUAUUGUUCUACUCUUUCUAAUGCCAGUUGAGUCACAGGGAGACUCUUGGAUGUCAUACGUGUAGCCCUAAACACAAGUGCAUCUUUAUUACAAGAAUGUUUUAUUUUUAGCUAAGUUUCAUUAUUGGUAUGCUGGUCACAUUGUUUCUUGCCAUAUUUUACAACCUGUUUUUGUCACCUCGGAAAGUUGGCCGCACUACGAGACUUACAGUCGGUCUUGUUUGGGGCAUUUGUAUUGGCUGGUUAUGUUUUGCAAGGUUUGUGUGAACCCUAUCUUGUAAUUUUACACUCCAUUGUGUCAGACAAUUAACUAUUUACUCAUCAAGGGAAAGGGUGGUUAACCCACUGAGCUGCAAUGUGCCCCAGUGGGCCCUACUUAUUUUUUUUUACAAGUUUGUCUAACACCAGACGAUUUUACUUGUCAAUGGGGAAGCUCUGCAGCUUAAAGGGUUUACUUAAUGAUUAUCCUUGGGGUAACUCAAGUGACAAUGCGCCCUAAUGACCAUAUUUUGUAACAACUAUUCUUAUCUUCUGUUUAGCGAGAUUAUCCAAUUAAUAAUUUUACCAAUGUUGUGUUACUUGAUAAUACAUACAGUCUCUCCUCGAGUUGUGCACAGGUAACCAUCAAGAUAUUUAAUAAAAAUAUGACACUGAGAUAAUUCAUUGUUGGACAUAAUGUAGUAAAUGUAUAGCUCUGUUGGAUUAAACCAAACUAUAUUUCUUCAAGAUAUAUUUUUACAUUGGCAAUGUCGUGGUUGUCAGCCAAUCAUAUCUACCGACAAGUGACAGAUUAUGGAGGUUAUAAACUCGACAUUACAGGGUAAGCCCCGACCUUUUGCUGAAAGCUUUGUUUAACCCUUGUAGUGGCAAUGUACCCUGACAUGCCCUACUUUAUAAACUCCGUCUAACACCAGACGGUUUUACUCAUCAAGGGGAGAGUGCUGCCACUCAAUAGGUUAAUACUGUACAUAUAUUUUGCUUUUGUAGGCCAUUAAUGCUUAUUACUCAACGAGUGACAUAUGUUGGAUUUGCUUUACAUGAUGGUAAACAAUAACAAAUCUUAUUUUAAACAUUACCAUAAUUGCCACUGUAAUGAAGGUGGAAAUGGUAUGGUGGUGGUGAUGAUAGUGUUGGUGAUAUGAUGGUCAUAGUUAAGUAGUAGUGGUCACAGUGUGAUGAUGGUGAUGAUAAUGGUGGUUGUGAUUGUUGGUGACACCUAAUAAAACUAUUUUAUUUCUAUCAAGGUCUUGGCAGAGAUCCAAAAGAACUCACAAAUGAACAAAGACAACACAGAAUAAAGUAUUUUUACAUUAAUUUUUACAUCUGAUUCACUUACUUGUUAAAAAAACAUCAACUGUUACUAACAGCUACCAAGCUGCAUUGAUCCUAAUGACACUUCUCUUCUUUAUCUGCAGGAAAAAACCAAGUUUCUUAGAAUUUUUCAGUUAUAUUUUACACUUCACUAUGGUGUUGGCAGGACAUUCAUGUACUUAUUUUGAAUUCAUGGAAUUUAUUGAUGGUACAAAUAUGAAGGUACCAAUGACUUUUGUUCGCAAUUUAAAACUAUUGCCAUGGUGGUUUUGAUGUCCAGAGUUAUGACAAUUUAAAAGUAAACAUUUUAAUUAUUCUUGCAGGAAUUUAAAGGAACUAAUGUAAUCCCAGUGGUAAGUUUAAUUCUUUUGAAAAUAAGUUAUUAAUUGACAUGCAAUUUUUUCUAUAGUUGGUCUUGAAAUUAAUUGUAUACAUUAUAAAAAAUACUUACAUUUUAUUCCUUGACAGCAAGUACAGUGUGCUAUUUGAUCAUCAUUAGUGAAUUAUAAACAUGUUAGGUUCAACUAUACCGUACCUAAAAACAAAAUAAAUAAAAUUGUUUAUGACAUGGAAAACACCACACUUUUUACACCAUCACUAUGCAAACAUACAAAGAAUUCAAUACAAUUGAAUCUCUAUAAAACAGACAGAUUUGGAACCUCGCAAAUGUAUGUGCGUUGAGGUGGUGUACAAAUAAUUGUCCCAAACAGUCUGUGCCAGUGUGGGAAGUAAUGGUAACAAAACAGCUGUAGAUCAAGAGAGCUACAACUACUUCAAAAAAGAUGCAGAACUUCUGCUCGUAUUUUUCAGAUAGUUCUAUCACUCCCAAUCUGCAGCUGUUCAAUUAAUUAAUAGGGGUUUUAUUAAAAUUGGGACCAGAGGUUUCUGUCCAAAAGGGGUGUCUGCUCAGGGACAGUGCUAAAGGGGGGGGGAGGGUAUAACACCCCUGGGAGUGUAUAACACCCCUAGUCAGCAGGUAGUCGGCAAAAUAUUGAAUCCCAGUUGGCAAAACAUGGAUUUGGAUAGGAAGGGGAAAAAGUAUAUUCGAGUGACACUGAUUAAAAAUUAAGAAUGAUGGCUAAAAUGUGGAGAAAUUUAUGGAACAUUUUUUGGAAAAAUGGAACGAAGAACAAUGGUUAAUUAAACACAAAAUAUGAUUGAGAAAUGUUCUCCAGAAAAAGUUGAUGUUGUGCCGCCUUUACCCCCCUCCCCCCACCAACAAUUUUGGGAAAUAAGGUAUUAGUGGUUGCAGUACGGUAACUCAGCAAAAUUCACUUAUACCCACCCCCAUUCAAAGAGGUCUAGUGCCGCCCCUGUGUCUGCUCAAGAGAGUCAUCCAUAUAUGGGGGUUUGACUUUGUGAAGAAGAGAGCUACAUUUUCAUUUACAGAUGACCAUUACAAGGAAAAUUGUGUUAGCAUAUAUAUUCCUUGGAGGUGUUGUCUUAGGCAAUGCACUCAUUUCUGCUCAGACUUGUGUAGGUAAGAAAUGGAUACUAAAUAUAGAUGCACUAGAUUCUGUAAAAUAUAUCAUGGUAAAAAUACAGUAAUUAUAAGGGAAUUUACUUUAUAUAUAGCUUAAGUUUAUAAAGGUAAACCAUAUUUUUAUUAACCUUUUGAAUCACAUUCGUCGAGAUGUUGACAUGAACAUCGAGUUGGCGUGUAAAGACAACAGAUUAAGACUUUGACUUGAGCUGCAGGAAUAGAACACAUACCUAAGUUUUUAGAAUAACAAUGGACGCACAAAACUCUAGACAAUAUAAAUUUUGAAGAUUUUUAUCAGGACAAAUUGUAUUUUUAUGUAGUUAUAUAGAUAUAAUUUUCAAAUAAAGUUCUAUUAUUAUUUUGAAUCACAUAUUACAGCUUAGUAGCUGGUGCACCUUACGUUGUUAUUUUACUCUGUCUAACGCAAGAUGAUUUUACUCAUCAAGGCCAAGGGGAAAGUGCUGGAACUCAAUUGGUUAAAAAUUCCUCCAACUUAACCCUUUAAAUGAAAUUAACUGCACAUUUCUAGGAGUUCACCAAUGCAAAGUUUUGCAUUUCACAGUAAAUUGUCACUGUUUUUCCUUUUUUGUAGACCCUCAAUUUAUGUCUCAAACAUCGUUAUUUACUAAAAUCGUAUUUGGAUAUUUUGUAAUUCUUGCAACCAAGAUGCGUUAUUACUAUGCGUGGGUCUUUGGUUAGUAUGUUUUGAAUAACUUUUUAAAAAAUUACAUUUCCUAUUAGCUCUUCACGGAAAAUCUGCCUGUGUGUAUAAAUGCGGCAAUAUAUGAACUUUCAGGAAAAUCUCACGCAUGAUUUGUUCCCAGAACCAGUGUCAGAAUAGAUCACGCUAUUCCGGGAAAGGUUAGUUCGCUGACCUCAGAAUGACAUUUCGUCAAAACUUUUUUCUUCAAAAUUGGUUUAGAAACAAACUUGGAGUAGGGUUAGGUUAGGACUUAGGGUUACAGUUGGUAGAGAGGUUAAGAUACCCCGGUUUCGGUGUACGGGUAGCAUGAUUUUGGUUAGCAAUAUUUUCGUCGAUGUCUGUACCUUUACUCGUAAUUAAGGUGCACAUUUUUCGCAUUAUAUCAUUGUCUAUUGCAAGAAAACAGAAAAAGUAUGAUCGAAUUACAGACAUCAGUAAAACAAGAUGACACUACUCGUACCCAUACACCGAAACCGGGGUAUCUAAACCUCUCUAAUGUUUGGAUCAACCGUUGCUUUGUUACGUUUUGUCACUCUGAGGCCAGCGAAAUAACCUCUUCCCCCUAUUCUAGGUAGUUCAUGUGAAUAGUUUGUUUUGUGUUUCUACUAAGCAUUCAACAAACUAACAGGGAAAUAUCAGGAUUUGUUGUCAGAAUAGAUCACGUUAUUCCAGCUAGUUUGGGAGGAUGUUCCGUCAGACGGAUGAAGCAUCUUGACGGAUGAUUUGUCUCCGGUAUAAUAAUCACGUCAUUGUGGAAUACAGCCUUCCGGACUAAGUAGGUCACAUUGGCUAUACGGCCUCGUUUUCUUGUAUGAAAGCAAAGACACCGAAGUUUGAAUAAUAGUGUAUUAGCUAGACUUGCCACAAGUCGACCAUGGGGGAGGGAGCGCGCGACCCGAGCGACGCCUGGAAAGGACUUUGGAAAGUCUAUGUAUUAGCGAGCUUAACGCCGGUAUUCUAAAAGCUCACUCACACUCAAUGAGUGGAGGUUCAAUCUGAGCUUCUCUUGAGUGUCAAUGUUGUUUUUGAAUAGCUGGAGGGUUAGUGUCGUACCUUACUAUGUGACUACUCACCCUCCAGCUAUUCAAAAACAGCAUUGACACUCAAGCAAAGCUCAGAUUAAAACUCCACUCAGUGAGUGUGAGUGAGCUUUUAGAAUACGGGCGUAUGUAAGCCACAUUUUUGUCAACAGCGACGCGCUCACCCGAAAAUUGGUGUUUGGUACGACUAAUUUUGGCGGCAUUUUGCAUCGUAGCGCUCGUGCAAGGAAGCAAAAAACUUUAAAAAUCUUAUGUUUUGUCGUAUGUGUUGAAGAUUCCCACAAACUAAUACAAACAAAGUUUUUAAUCCAGUCCCUCUCGGCAACCUGACGUCCACGUUGUCGCUUGCUCAAGCUCCGGCACAGAAUACUACACAGAAGUCCAUCUCCAUUGUUUUUUGCGUAAGCGAGUCACCCCCCUGGACAUGCGCCAUUUUUAGUAUUUCCAGGGGGGGACUGCUUCUGUUUACGGUACUUACUGAGUGACGAAUCAUGACGAAUAGAGCUUAUAGCAAAAACAAUGGAGAUGGACUUCUGUGUAGUAUUCUGUGGCUCCGGUAUUAGUGCUCUAUAGCCAUGGUGACAUACUUUCCUCUACUGACGUUUUUUCUCAAUCUAUAGCCGAUGGUGUUGUGAAUGCGGCUGGAAUGGGUUUUAAUGGUUAUGAUGAGAAGGGGGAACCUCUCUGGGAUAAAUUCACAAGCGCCAAAGUUAAAAACAUCGAGGUAUUUUUUUCAGUUAAUAAAGGUUUAACUCCGUGUCUUUCUGGCUAGUGGAAGUUUAGAAAGAAGGGUUUCGUAGAUGGGAAUUCCCAGUGUGAAUUUUAUACAUUUACUGUAUGAAGGCUCGUCUAAGGUCCAGACACACCGGACGCGAUUCGACAACGCGACGCGAUUUUUCGACUUUCACUGACCGAUAACUUUGAUACUAGUUUAAAUUUUCCAAAUAUUUAGAAGCGUUAUAACAUUUCGAGUUAUUUGGUCUACAUAUCAUUCAAAAUUUGCUCUCAUUUGCCGUUUUAUUAACUUUCAAAAACUAAAAAAUCGCGUCGAGUCCGGUGUGUCUGGACCUUAAAAGGUCCUUCACACCUAAUCAGGAGCAGUUAAUCCUGAUGGAAGUUUAGAAACAAUUUUACGAUCAACUUAAUUUUCCCCCCGUUUCAUCAGCUUGCAACAAAUGCUCGAACUAUCAUUGUAAACUGGAAUAUUGGCACGGAAAAAUGGCUAAAAAGGUGCGUAACUGUUUAAUCACUUAGCGUAAAGGCUGGGUUUCCUCGAACGCUUCUUAUAAAGCCUUCAAAACUUAGAAUUUUCGUCCCUAAGCUUCGCAACUAGUGAUGUUUUGAUGUUAUGUAGGAUUAUAUACAACAGAGCGAACGACAGACUGAGUGGUGUUCUGGCAACAUCGGUCACUUCCGCAUUCUGGCAUGGUUUUUAUCCUGGUUACUAUUUGUGUUUUGUCAAUGUUGCUUUUGUUACUUUGUCUGCAAGAAAGGUAGGUCAAGUAAACCAACACACCCUUCGAGAAAGUAUAUCACCUUGGCUAUAGGGCUUUGUUUUCCUGAUAGAAGUGUUGGGCCUAUGUCACAUACAUGAAAACGAGGCUCUAUUACUGGGUCAACAAGAGACCCAUAACUCAAUGCCAACACGGAAAAUUUCUUUCUUUAUAUUUCUUUGUGCUAUAUUAUUUCCACUCGUGUUGAUAUAACUGUAUAUCAACACGGAAGAUGUAUUCUAUUUGUUAAUUGACCACUUGCGUAAUAGACAAAAUUUUGAUCUAAACAAGUCUAGACAAAAAUUUCAUCACAGCUUGAAAGAGCAUCACAAAAUUAGUAAUAUUCCAAAGUUUCGUUGCGAAAUGUUGUAAAAUGCGGAUAAUAUAGCCUUGCGAAGUUUGCCGUUUUUCAGUCAUUUUGCCCAAUACCCUUUGGGGCUGUCAAUUUCCCGUUUGUAAUAUAGAAAAUGACUGAAAAACGGCAAACUUCGCAAGGCUAUAUUAUUCGCAUUUUACAACAUUUCGCAACGAAACUUUGGAAUAUUACUAAUUUUGUGAUGCUCUUUCAAGCUGUGACGAAAUUUUUGUCUAGACUUGUUUAGAUCAAAAUUUUGUCUAUUACGCAAGUGGUCAAUUGGUAUUUGUUUCAUACCUGUGAAGCAGGCUUUAGCCAGGACAACAGUUUCAUAGAUCCAUUUUGUAAUUCUUUCACAAUGAUCCAUGAGCUGUUUUCUUCCUUGUUUAGGCCAGGCGUUCGUUUCAUGCCUAUUUUCAAGACAGCAAAGAAAAGAAAAUAUUUUAUGAUAUUUUAACAUGGUUGACCACUUAUAGCUUGGUGUCUUACAUAUGUAUGCCAUUUGUUUUGCUUCAAUUGGAUUCAGGCCUUAUUUUUUGGAGGUAACAUCUUCUAUAGAUACAGAACUUAGUCAGUUGGUUAGUCAGCCGGUCAGUCAGUGGGUCGCAGGGUCGGUUGCUCAGUUCAUUAGUCAGUUGAGUUAGUCAGUCGGUCAUUCAGUUGACCAGUGGGUCGGUUGAUCAGUGGGUUGCAAGGCCGGCGAGAGCCAACCACGGGCCCCAGAACAAAAUGACGAUUGGUGAACCCGGGCCCCCUGUCCCUCUCGACUCUCCUGCUGGCUAUUUUUAAUCGCAAUCAACGAGAGAAUUGCCAGUGAAUUACUUGCAAGAAAUCGCCGCAGAACUGAUAAAAACGCCAUGUGAACGAUGUUCAGCUGUUUUUGCUGAGAAAACGAUCGAAAAAUCGUUUAUUUCAAAUCUGGUACGUUUUACGAAGUGGGCGUAUUUCAUUUAGGGCAAACAUAAAGCGAUCAUAAAGAAUACGAACAUUUUACCGAGAUUUCUGGGCCCUUCUGAGCACUCCGGGCCCCGGGUAUUUUGCCCCCCCCCCCCUCGCCUUGGUGGGUUGGUUAGUUGGGUUGGCCCAUUGAACUAUAAAUAAACUGGAAGGCUAACUCAGGGGGGGAAAUUGAAGCCAGUGCAUUUUAGUUUUUCUGAGUUAUGAGCAGAAAUACUCAACACUGAACGUUGGGCUAUAUAUCAAAUUGAAGCUAUUGAAAAACGCUAUUUGGUGUAGAAAUUUCAAGACUUUAGCUAAAAGGGAAAUAUUGAAAAACUACAAACAUAAUUACCGAUAAUUUGCCGUUUUGCAGUUGUUUUUGUAUUUUUUAAAUAUUUUUCUUUUCGCUGAAGUCUUGAAAUUUCCACACCGAAUAGCCAUUUUCAAUAGCUUCAAUUUGAUAUAUAGCCCGACGAUUGGGGUCAAGUAUUUCUGCUCAUAACUCAGAAAAACUAUUUUGGCUUCAUCGAAUCAUAGGCCUUCAUCAUAGCAGUUAGCAUUCCAGUUUAUUUAUAGUUCAAUGGGUUGGCCAGUCGACCAUUUAGUUGGUCAGUUGAUCAGUGGGUCGGUUGGUCAGUGGGUCUUUCAGUGGGUCGGUUGGCCAGAUGAUCAGUCAGUCAAUCAGUCAGCCGGAUGGACGGCUAGUUAGCCAGGGUUGCUCGAUCAGUUAGUCAUUCGGUCGGUCAGUACCUAUGCUGUUUUUCACCAAUUUUAGGUCCGUGUAUUUCUACGGUCAUAUCAUAAUAUUACUGGGGUUUGCCUCCCCCUGGAUCAGUGCUGUACUUGGCAUGAAACGAGAGGAAAAGAGUACGAAAGUCAACGGAGCUCGAGAAAUGACGGGGGAGACGAUCAAUAGCUAUAGAAUCAAUAAUUCUCGACCUAAAGAGGAGUAGAAUUAUUUAUUGCCAGGGGCAAUAAAUUGUUUGGGCGGUUAAUUUAAAUUUGGGUUUAAGCUUGCAUUCACAGAUAGCUUUGCGGUAUUUAUGAUGCCCAAUUACUUGUUUGCAAUCGACGCCAUCUUGGUUGAUUUUCGUGGCAAAUAAAAAUCUAUAUUCUUCAUGUCGUAUUGUGCUAGAAAUCGUAAACUAUCCAUAAUACAGUAAGUAAUACAAACCAAAAAUAUUAAAGUAACUCAACUAUUUCGAUGUAAACGGCUGGACAAAACUUUAAAAUCAACCAAGAUGGCGCCUAAUGAAAAGAAUAGGCCCUUCCAAAGUUAAAGACGCCAUCUUGAAUCUAUUGUUUUCACUAUUGUGUUUGCAUCCCCUGCAAAUUUACCGCGCUAUUGUGUUUCGUUAUGGCGUCGUUAACCUUGGAAGGGUCUAUUGUUUUAAAAACCCGCUCAAACGAGGAUGAGAGUUGACGAGUGUUGGUAGUCACGCAUUGUUACAGGGACAUUUCAAGCUCUAGAUUAACAAAAUAAAGUUUUGAUGAGUGUUUCAACUAUGUUUUAGUGUUGGGAAAGCAUUAAGAACACCUAACCAAGAUCGCGUGACUCUCGUGUACCCUCGGAUCCUCGUCGGAUCCGGGCUUCAAGUAUUUAUACGCAUGUCGCAAUUAAUAAUGGUAUCUUAUCUUAGCUAGCCAAUCAAAAUCGGGAUGUAAGAGGCAAAUUUAGUUGUAUUCUUUGUUUGCAAUCACGUAAUUUUGGGAUUUCAGUCGACGGGCAGGUACAACAAAAACCUGCUAUUUGUUUGAUUGCCCGUCAUUUGGAUGAAAAGUCACGUGACUGCAAACAAAGAAUCAUAUGUACUACUAUGAAUAGCGUAAUUAUGUAAUUAUAAAAAAUGUGAAUAGAAAGGGGGACUGGGAUAUUUGGCUUCACUUUUUGGACCCGAGUUCUCACUGGAGAUAAAUACGGAGUUCACAAAACACACUUGAAUAUAAACGUACGUCCAGCGCCUACCAUGCAAGUGUUGACCACCAGUAUUUUUCAAACGACUCUUUCUCCACGUUGUGUCGCCACCUGUACAAAAACACAAAUACAAUUCACUCGGUGCCUACAUUGUCAACCAGUUUACUUAAAAAACAUCAUCUUACUCUCUCGAAUGUGCUAUCAUGGCUGAUGGAUACAAAUAUCAGUUUAGAAACAAGGAAAUUUAUAUUCCUUCUGGUCAUGUACGGAAUUUAUUUGCUAAGCGGAGCUGCUAUAUUCCAAGCUUUAGAGGCAGUCAAUGACAUCGAGCACCUCACAGAUUUGGGGAAAGUACGCGAGGUUUUAAUGUUGUCUCAUAAUCUGACAAGCGACGAGUUUGAUUUCAUGGUUCGGGAAGUUGUGGAUGUUGUUAAGAGACGUUGU